AUGGCCAGUCAGGAAAAUGACGAAAAUGCGGAGAAGUUGCUUGACAAAGCCAUGGCUUUGUUCCGUUUCCUGCAGGAGAAGGAUGUCUUUGAAAAAUACUACAAACAACACAUGGCAAGACGUCUGUUGCUCGAUAAAAGUAUCUCGGAUGACAUGGAAAGGAUGAUGAUUAGCAAGCUAAAGACGGAAUGCGGCUGUCAUUUUACGCUCAAACUGGAGAAUAUGUUCCGCGAUAAAGAGUUAUGGACUACUCAAGCAACAGCUUUCAAAGAUUAUAGCGAGAACUUUUUGCGUGGUGAAAAUAUGGUCGACAUCUCCGUGCGCGUGCUGACAGCUGGAAUUUGGCCUACGCAAAGCGUUCCCGUGUGCAUUUUACCUCCAGUUUGUGAGCAUGCGUUCACU